AGGGGACUCGGGAGAUGGGCCGGGCGCGGAGCUAAUAGGGUGCAGCCCCACCGCACGGGCCGGCCCAGUCUCGUCGCCUUCAGUCUCGUCGCCUCCAGCCCCGUCCCGGUGAGAAUCGCAGCUCGGGAAUCCCUGCUGGGGAAGGUGCCUUCAUCCUCCUCGCCUCUCGGUUUUCUCCCCCCUCGGUCUCCCGGUCCGUUUCCUGGCCCUCUGCCCUGGUUCUGCCGGAGGGAUGCUGGGAGCAGUGCUGGCGCUGGCGCUCUGCGCUCUGCAGCUCUGCCCGGGGGUGUUCGGAGGGGUCCGGCCGCAGAUGCUCGUGGAGCGGAGCGGUGCCCGCAGGCUGAGCAAGGUUGGUGGCUUUGCCUGGGAGAACUGUGGUGAUGGGAGGGACCCGGUGGUGCUGAAGAGCCUCUCCGUGGCACCGGACCCCAUCAGCAUCCCGGGGAGCCUGCGCAUCAGUGCAGCUGCCAGCAGCAGCAAGACCGUGGCCUCCCCUCUGAAGGCGGUGCUGGUGGUGGAGAAGGCCCUGGGUGACCUCUGGAUUCAGCUGCCCUGCAUCGACCAGCUGGGCAGCUGCACCUACAAUGAUGUCUGUGUCAUCCUUGAUAACCUCAUCCCACCUGGCACGACCUGCCCGGAGCCGCUGCUCACCUACGGCAUUCCCUGCCACUGCCCCUUCAAAGCGGGCUCCUACUCCCUGCCAGCCAGUGAUUUCCUCCUGCCCGAUGUGGAGCUGCCUUCCUGGAUGACCAACGGGAACUACCGGGUCCGGGCAGAGAUCAGCAACAACGGGCAGGAGCUCGCCUGUGUCAAGCUGGCCUUCUCCCUGCAGUCCCAGUGAGGGGCAGGGAAUCCUUCCUCCUUUCCCCACCACCUUGGUCCUCUCUCCUGUCCUUUCCAGUUGCACCCCAUCUUCUGCCACCCCGUCCCAGGGGGUUUCUUCUCUCCUGCUGUCAGGAGGAUGCAGAUCCCCUGCCUCUGCUUGAGGACCCCAUCCCCUGCUACACACAAAAAGGCCCCUCCUGCUGUCCCGCUGUCCCCAACCCCAUCACCAAACUGUCCUCUGCCUUGCAUAGGGUGGCUGUGGAGCUAACCCCAGCCUUUCAGCACAACCUGCUGGUAGUUAUUUUUUACCUAGUUUCUCUUUUUUAAUCUUUUUCUUAAUCCCACCAGGGAAUUUUAGGUGAAAACAUUCCAGGGAAAAGCAGUAUUUCUUGGGGAGGAGGGAGCAUUUGGGAGUGCUGGAGCAUCCCAGAGGGAUGCAAGGUGAGCUGCAGAGGGGGUCCCAGCGUGCUCCAGCUGGAACAUGGAGCUGUUUUGUAGAAGUGUCCCCAAAGUGGCAACAAGAGACCUGUCCCCAUCAUGUCAGCUCUCAGUCUGCCUUUGGUGCAUAUCCCUGCUUUCUGCAUGGGACCAGCUCAAUGAAACGUGUCAUCAGUGAGGGCACCUCCUUGUGUCCCUCCUGUAACAACUCUCACAAGCACAACAGGACUGAAACUGCCCAAAUCCUAGAGGGAUGUUCCCUCUCCUGAGGGACCAAGUGGCUGGUGCUGGUUCCAGCAGGAGGAGAGGUGUCUGGGCACCAGCUGCACCUGGUCUGGGGGGACAAAUGGCUGUGAUGGGGCAGCUGGGACUGAGCUGAGGCAGGAGAGUCCACUGGGACAAUCCUUCCCAUGCACCAGCAGAGGCACUUCCACCACAUGGAGCAGCAUCCCAGACAUGGGGUGGAUAGGGAGAUGAUCAUGAAGAUCAGCAGCCUGGGCUCUAUUUAUGAGCUCUGCAGUCCAUCUCCUGGUUGUCAUUGGAGGCUGAGAUGGGGGCAGACAGCAUCUUCCUACCUGUGGCUCCGGGCAUCACCCACCCCUGCCAGGUCCCCACAGGUCCCCACAGGGCAGAGGUGCAGGGGACCCACCAGCCAUCCUCAUCCCUCACUCCUCUAUCCCUGCCUGCUUGCUGUAGGCUUGAUUUUCUUCCAAGCACUUUAUAAGCCUUAACUACAGCCAGGCUGCCCUGGCAGGAGGUCCUGUGCCUGUUCCCACCGCCUUUCUGUGCUCUUGACUUGAUUUGUCUCAUCCUGCUGCUGGGUCUGACCUGGGUUCGUUUUGGCUGGAGAAGAGUUAACCCCCGCACUUUUUGGGAAGGUUCUGCAUGGUCUUAAUAAAUCUUUUUACCAGGAAA